AUGAUGACUGACCGUAACCACCGUCCGCAGGCGAAUGUCCUUCUGAUCAACGACAGUGGCGCGGUCUUCGUGGAGUCUGUCAACACAAAGAUGGAACAGAAGACGGGAGGUUACAUCGCAUCGCUUCUCCGUCCCAUUCUCAAGAAAGCCGGACCGGAAAACGUGGUGGCAUUUUGCAUGGACGGCGGCUCGAACUAUGUGGUGGCGUGCAGGGAGCUGAUGGAGGAUUACCCCCACAUUGAGCACGUACCUUGUGCUACCCACGUCCUCGAUCUCAUGAUGGAGGACGUUGGGAAGAUGGACUGGGUGUCGAACCUCAUCUCCCGCGGGAACGAGAUCAUCACCUUCACGCGCAGCCACCACUUCACGCGGGGGUAUCUGCGCAGCCCCAUGGUCAAUGGCGGGAAGGGCAAGCAGGUCUUGAAACCCGCAGGCACUCGCUUCGGCACGCAAUUCAUCGCUAUUUCUCGCCUUUGCGAAGUCCGCCUUGCCCUCGUGCAGAUGGUUUUAAGUGAGGAAUGGGAGGUCUGGGCAGCAGGCGCAAGGAGUAAGAGUGCGGCCACUUUCCGCGAGCACAUCAUGGACGAGACUUGGUGGAAGACGGUCGAGUUCUUCACCAAGCUCAUGGCGAAGCCGUUCGCCGUCAUGCGGGCUACGGAUGCCACGAGAAAGGGGAUGAUGGGGCGCCUCUACGACUCCAUGCUGCAGCUCACCGAGGACGUAGAUGACAUCCUCGAUAAGCACUCCGCGGGGUACCUGACGAGGGCAGAGGUUAAGGAGAUCCGCCUCAUCGUGAAGGACCGGUGGGACAAGUCCCACCUUGCUCCGUGCGCAAUCCGCAAUCUUUCGCAGCCGGUGUCCGCGUCGCCCUGUGAGCGCAAUUGGUCCAUGUGGGACGCGGUCCACACGGCAAGGCGCAACCGCCUUUGGUCUGAGAAGUGCAGGGACCUCCUAUAUGGCUACAACGUGGAGGAGGAUGGGGAGGAGGAGGAGGUUGGGAAGGAGGAGGACAUGGUUCUUGAGGAUGAGUAUGCAUAG